CAGCCUCUCCACAACAUUACUCCGCAGAGCUUUCUCUCUUUGAAGUAUCCCUCCUCUCUCUAGCUCUCUCACCCUCUCUCACUCUCUCUCACCCACUCAGCCUGCGUGGCAGCAAACCGCAGAGAGAGAGAGAGAGAGAGAGAGAGAGAGAGCGAGAGAGAGAGAGAGAGAGAGAGAGAGAAGGGGGGACUCAGGGGGAGGGAGAGGGUGAGUGUGUCGCUGUGUGGAGUUGCUCAACAGCACAGACCGAUGUGAGUUGUGGAAACGGGUCCUGGACUCUCUGCACUCUCUGGACUCCUCUGCGGUAAUCGGAGGUUGUGAUGUCACCAUGGAGGCUCAGAACAACAACCAGCCGACGAUAGACAACCUGAACAACCUGUACAAGAUUGCUGCUCAGGACGACCAGAAGAACAUGUCGGGCCGUAUGUUCUGCUGCUCGAUGGCAAACUUCCAGAUCGAGAAGAAGAUCGGCCGGGGUCAGUUCAGUGAGGUGUACAAGGCCCGGUACCUGCUGGAGGGUCAGCUGGUGGCUCUGAAGAAAGUCCAGAUCUUUGAGAUGAUGGACUCUAAGGCUCGUCAGGACUGCAUCAAAGAGAUCGACCUGCUCAAGCAGCUCAAUCAUCCCAACGUGAUCAAAUACCUCGACUCCUUCAUUGAAGAGAACGAGCUAAACAUCGUCCUGGAGCUCGCCGACGCCGGAGAUCUGUCCCAGAUGAUCAAGUACUUUAAGAAGAAGCGGCGGCUCAUCCCUGAGAGAACAAUCUGGAAGUACUUUGUGCAGCUCUGCAGCGCUCUGGAGCACAUGCACUCACGCAGAGUGAUGCACCGAGACAUCAAACCGGCUAACGUGUUCAUCACGGCGACGGGGGAGGUGAAGCUGGGUGAUCUGGGGUUAGGACGGUUCUUCAGCUCUAAGACGACAGCAGCUCACUCUCUAGUCGGGACUCCGUACUACAUGUCUCCUGAGAGGAUCCAUGAGAACGGAUACAACUUCAAGUCUGACAUCUGGUCUCUGGGGUGCCUUCUGUACGAGAUGGCGGCUCUGCAGAGUCCGUUUUACGGAGACAAGAUGAACCUGCUCUCUCUCUGUCAGAAGAUCGAGAAAUGUGAUUAUCCUCCUCUCCCUCCGGACCAUCACUCUGAGAAGCUGCGGGAGCUGGUGAGCAUGUGCAUCAGCCCGGAUCCAGACCAGCGCCCAGACAUCGUCUUCGUGCUGCAGAUCGCCAAACAGAUGCACAUGUGGACCUCCAGCACCUGAGACCGGGUGGAGCUCAGUCCGAGGACCUGAAACACCCAAAGUCAGAUCUGCCUGGUCUCACCUGGACAGGAGGGAACCAUAGACAGACUAAUUUGCACACGUGGACCGUGAUGUUCGGACAUCCCGACCCUGAUUUAGAGGUGGAGGAGGAGGAGAGGAGGAGGGAUGGGUGGUUUAAGAAGCGUUGGAGGAGGAGUUUAUGAAGUUGUUCAUGUGAGAGGAGAUCUCUGCUCUCUGCAGCCCAUGCUCUGAAGGUGUGACCUGAGGCUGCAGAGCUUCUUUUAUAUUCACCUGCACAGGGGUUCAUUCCACAUUUAACCCACUGUGUGCCAGGUAAAGAGCUUAUUAUCACCUAUCGUCUAUCAUUAUAAUCUUUUACUUCUUUUAUAUCAUCAGAUAACACGCAGCAUUCUGGGCUCAAAGACAAUCAGUGAAACUUAUUAACAGACGGGACAGCUGCUUUGUUUACUUUCAGUUUGCAGUGAGACAACUGGUUUAAAAAUACCUCCUGUCUGAAGCUACAGGCUGAAUAUAAAGAUGGACAACAAGCCUCCAUAUCCUCCUGGUGGACAAAAGUGAAGCUAACAUAUCUCCCAAAAUGAGUGCUGACAUAUUACCCAUUCAGAGUCAAAGAUCAUUCUACAAUUCUGCAUUUAAGAUCAAAGACAACAUUCUAGAAUUCUGCAUUUAAGAUCAAAGACAACAUUCUAGAAUUCUGUCUUUGAUGUCAGAAUUCCGAGAGAAAAGUCAACACUCUAAAGAAGAGUCAGAUCUAAACUGGUCCUGCUUUAUCCCUCUUUUUAUAUAAUCAAUAACUAAUUCAAAGUAAACAGAAACAUGAACACUGAGACAUAAAUCAGCACGAUAAGAACUAACUAUAAUGACAGAAACCAUGUUUGACAAACAUUUAUUUGACCUGUGUUUGAUUUUACACUUUGACCCUUGUCCCGUCUGUUCACAUGGAGGAGGCGGGGCUUAUGAGCUAUACUGCAGACAGUCAGCAGGGGGAGUUCUGAAUGUUUUAGCUACACUUUUGUGGCGCUGUCAGUCGUCCAUCUUUCUAUAUUGACUGGUUGAAGCCAGCAUGAGCGCUGUUGUUCUUCAGUUUAAGGUUUCAGUUUGAUGACAGCUAUUCAUUAUUAAUGGUAUUACUAUUGGUAGUAUUUUUAUGUCCACUAUGGGGCAGCACCAUGAGCUGUAAACAUAACGGUGUCAGGAUGGAUGAGAGGUGAUUUCUGUUUCUGCUGCAGGUAAAGGAGGAUCAUUAAAGCUUAGAGGGAAACCUUUGUUAUUAUUCACACGCAUCGAACCUGAGUCCUUGUAGCUCCUGUUGUAACUCUAAUACAGAGCAGAGGACGCUCCUAAACCAGGUCUGAGAAGGAUAGUCUGGAUCUGGACUCAGUUUGAUGGUCUAUCAGCUGCUUUAGUUUUUAUCAUCAUGUUUCUUAUUCAGUAAUUAUUCUGCAGGUUUCGGAGGUUUGGUGCAAAAAUGCAGCAGAAAUAUUCGCUCUGUUUGAGCUCUAUGACAGGAGGAUGAAGAUAUAAGGUUUAGAUAACAGGUCUAAAUUCUCAUCAUUAUCAUCAUCAUCAUCAUCAUCAUCACAGUCCCUCUCUCCUGUCCUCUCUGUGUUUCUCUGGACUCUCAUGUCUCUGACCUCUCAGCGUCUCAGUGUUUGUUUGUCUUCUUUCUGUCUGUCGUGUUCUCUCAGAAUAUUUUGAAUUUUAAACUUUUUUAUGUCGUCUAUACUUUUAUAUUUUAUGCAUCAUGUCAGUGUUUGUAGUGGAAUAAGAAAGAGACAUGUCCUGAUUGAGUAAAGAAACCCUCGUUAUAGAAAUACCUGUAUUGAUUUUUAACCCUGAAGUGUCUGCAGAGUCCUCACUCACUGAUCUCUUUGUUCCUUGGUGGUGGUUUUUUGGUUGUUGAGGGUUUUUGUGUUAUGAAAUCUUAAACACCAGGAUCCAGUGUUUACAGAUCUGGACCUGUGUGACUGUGAAACUGUAAACUGCAGAGACAUGAGACGCUGUGAAAGUCUGAGGGAGAAGAUGUGAAGGAGCAGAUUUGAUGCACAUUAUUUUAUUAACAUGUUUUAAUAACGGCUCAUAUUUUAAUAAAACACAUUUUAAACUGU